AUGGUUGAAAAUGAAAGAAUAACAAGAGCAAAGGAAGAGAGAUGUGUUGAGUCAGAAAAUAAAGCCAAAUUAAAAGAGAUAAAUACCUUUAGGACAUUAUGUUUAUGA